AUGGCGCUUGUGGCCUAUUCUGACUCCGAAGGCUCAGAUGCCGAGCCAGAUACCACCCCGGCACCCCCAGGCGAUCAAAGCAAGUCCGAUUCCAAGAAAUACCAGGCCGACCACACCACGGGCAAGAUUCGCGUUGCGCUUCCGCAGAUUAAACCUGAACCUUCAGCCCACGACUCUGGAGAUGGCCCGCGGAAGAAACCUCGUGUAGGCGGAGGACUAUCGGGCUUCAACUCCUUCCUUCCAGCCCCAAAACGAACCGCGGAAAAGAAAACACCAGCGGCGACAGGGCGCAAAGCAUUUGGUCUGAAAACCGGAGCCGGCCCUGGGUUUGAUCGUGGCGCAGAUGCAGAAAUGAGAAAUGACCUUUCUUUUGACAACCUGGCGGGAAAGACGGAGGACACACAGGAGGCUAAUAGCCAAACCAAUCACACCGCAUCAGAUGCGCCGCCAGCGAUGAAGAAACAAGAGGAUGUCAAGUUGCAAGGAAAUCCAAUGAUGUUCAGACCUUUAUCUGUCGGCCGGCCGCAGAAGAAAAGAAAGAUCGUCAAGACAGCAGAGCAACCCACACCUGGUCCUGCUGCGACAAAGACCGAACCUGCGCCUCAACCUGCUACACAGGCCUCUGCCCCGCCACCCAAGCCAAAAGUCAGCCUCUUCUCUUUAUCAUCAGAGGAGUCAACACGUCCAGAUAUAACAACGGGCCCGUCGACGACGUAUCAGCCGCUUGUAUACAACGCAGAAGGGGAAGGCGAAGAAUUAUCAGAAGACCCAGCCCUAGCCGCAUCAUCAUACGUCGCGCCAACCCCUGCAACAGCAACGGUCUCAACAAACCCCGGGUCGUCACUCGAUUCGAUCGCCAACGACUUGAAUUUGUCCAAGUCCGAAAGACGGCAGCUGUUCGGCCGGAAUGCGGUUCCUUCACAAUCUCAUGUGCGUACUUUCAACACCGACGAAGAGUAUGCCUCCAACCAGGUUCUGGCUCAAGGCGAGCUGGCUGCUGCUGUGCACAACCCCGUGCGCUCCAUUGCACCAGGCAAACACACGCUUCAGCAGCUGGUCAAUGCAGCAAGUUCUCAGAAAGAGGCGUUGGAGGAGAGCUUUGCGUCCGGCAAAAGGAACAAGAAAGAAGCUGGAUCCAAGUAUGGAUGGUAG